UCCUGAGUGGCUCUUUCUGUUGUCAACAGGAUUAAAAGUCAAUAUGCCUAAAAAGAAGAAUAAAGGUAAAAUUAAGAAGCCCACAUCGAGUGUGGCUGAGAUUGAGACAUUUUACAAACAGAAAUUGGAUGAAGUGAGAUUGGCAGCCCAGCUUGCUGUUUCAAGAGAAAACACAACAUCCUACACGAUGGAAACAUCGCUUAAAGAGCAGCUUCAUAAGACCAUAGUUGCUCAGAAACAAAAAGACAAAGAGCUAAAGUCGUUUAAAGACAGAUUGGCAGCCAUGUCAUAUUUAUUUAAAUCUGGAGACACUGAGAGCAUGAACAACCCGGUCAGUAAAACCAGACUGAUUGAGAUGUACGACAACCUGAAACUGCUGCAGUGGCCUAAAGUCAAAGAUCAGCUGAAGUCCAGAAGCAUCCAAACAAAGGUUGUUCAAGGUUUGAUUCAGGAAACCUUUAGGACUGCAGCAGGUGAAGCAAACAAAAAGAAGCAGCAGAUUGAAGAGGCAUUUGGACUCAAUGAAUAUAGCAGUGGACAGGCUCCACAGAAGGUUAAAGAGUACAGACAGCUAACAGUUCAGAACCUGCAGAUGGCUCUGUUCCACACCAACAAAGAAGAACUUCUGAAGACUGGUUUUCCUGAACUUGGAGGUCCGUACUCAGAGGAAGUGAAGGAGGAUCUGAGACCUCUGAUAUCUGAAUGCUACUGGCUGAGCUGCUUGAUGGCUCUAAACAAUCCUCCUCUUCAGCCGGACUGGAGGAACCUCGUUCCUUCGAUGGAUCCUUGGGACAUCUUCCCUCGAAACAUUAUAUCUGCUUCUGUUAUGUAGAAAAAGAUGUAAUUUUGCAGGACAACAUGAUUGGUGUAGUUUGGCUAUGCUGGUAAUUCCUCUUUUUUUUAAAUUUAAUUUCAGUGGUA